AUGGAUCGCGCGCGGAGGCACGAGUUGCGAGAGCUAAACGAGCGAGCCUGGAAUGGAGAAAAGGAUCUUUUCCCCGUUAACAGCUCCCUCGACUCGACUAUGAAAAAGAACACCGCGUUCAUCAAACGUUUACGUACCGCCAUCUCCCCUGGAACUCUCAACACGUUCCUGCAAGAAAUCAAGACCGUUAGCUUGUCCAAAUACCUCUCCGAGAUCGUCUCGGCAUGUCACGAAGGACUGUGCAGGCUCAAGUCGCCUGGUGAAAUUGAAGCAGGGGUGGAAAUUGUCAGCGCUUUGCAUCAGCGCUUCGGCCCUGCGGACUUCACCUCGUACCUGGGCUGGUUUCUUGGGAGAUCGAUGUCCACCCCCGACAAGAGCGUUCUGAAGACGUUAUCUCCGGAAGCAAGAGAAAAGGAGGAAAAGGAUAGGCUGGUCCGACAACGCGUUCUUCUUCGGGUCGUCACCGAAUUGUGGCUUGUCGAUAUCCUACGCACACUCGACGACAUCAAGCGGCCGGACGAUGCCACAAAUGGAACCACAGGGAAACAUGUUGAGGUGAAAUCUCGCGCGUCUGCUAAAGGAGGAGUUGCCGAGCCGUUUCCGCUCGAAGUUCUGAAGGACCUCCUUGGCCACGACCGUGAGCACGCGAACCUGCCGCUGCUUGUUGUCUUCAUCAAAGCAUUCAGCUGGGACGUUCUCGGCGUCAGAGCGGCCGGUUCCGAGGGCCGGAAGACUGUCGAGGAGGAUGGCGCUACCAAGAGUGGAGGUGCCACCGAGGACCAAGAAGGAGAUUCCGAACCAACAUCCACGGACCCCCCCUCCACCCCACCCGAGCUGCAAGAGCGCUUUCGGAACGUGUUGAAACGCUACUUUGAGGACGUUAAGGGCCACCUGGUCCGAGACCAAAAGGCCAUCUACAACCAGUCGCGCAAGAACGCCGAAGCUUACGUCAAGUCGGGCGAGGUGUUUGAGGACCGCCAAGCCAACUUCGAAAAACAAGUCAAGGCCCAAGAGCGCCUUGUGGCCAACGCCCAGGUUAUCGCAGACACUAUUGGCGCCGAAAUGCCGGAGCUGAAGGACAGCGACGAUGCAUCUGGUGGGGCAAACGGGUCGAUUGGUAUUGUCAAGACUGGGGAAUACCUGCGUGGUCAAGGAGACGGUUCCGGGAUCUGGGAAGAUGAGGAAGAGCGUCGCUUUUACGAAAACCUCGUUGAUCUCAAGGGCAAGGUUCCUGGUAUCCUUCUCGAAGAGGUGAAGAAAAAAAAGCCUGAAGACGAGCAGGUUGGCAAGAAGAUUGACCCGGCAGAGCUUUCGGAGGCUUUCAAACCGGCCGAUACUGCUGCCGACGAUCAGUCAGUAGCUAUUGCGAACAAGACGAUCGGAGCCCAGGUCGACGCAUUGCUUUCUCGUCUUCCGGACCUCACAAGCAAAGAAGCCAUAGACCAGACAGCUAUCGACUUUUGCUACCUCAACUCCAAGGCCUCGAGGAACCGCCUGGUCAAGGCCUUGACUGAUGUUCCCAAGGGCCGUGGCGACCUUCUUCCUUGCUGGGCGAGACUCGUUGCCACCCUCGGCCAAUAUAUGAUGGACAUCCCAAAAGGCCUCGUGGAGUAUCUGGACGCUGAAUUCCGCAGCCUGCAGCGCCGCAAGGAGAAGGAGUUCCUUGGGCAAGUGAGGUUAAGUAACAUCCGUUAUCUCGCCGAGCUCACAAAGUUCGGUAUUGUUCCCGAGCAUGUUGUUUUCCACUGCCUCAAGGUUAGUUUGGAUGACUUCUCUCGUGUGAACAUCGAAAUUAUCUGCAACCUGCUUGAGAACUGCGGUCGCUAUCUCCUACGGAACCCAGAGACUUCGCCUCGCAUGUCGACCUUCCUCGAAACUCUUCAACGUAAGAAGUCCGUUCAGCACAUUGGGCCGGCCGAGCGGAUGCUCAUUGAAAAUGCCGUCUACUACGUCGACCCGCCCCAGCGCCCAGCGAUCGAGCAGAAGGAGAGAACACCCAUACAACUCUUCAUUCGCAAGCUUGCCUACUCAGACUUGACCAAACGGAACUACAGCAAGGUCCUGAGACAGAUCAGACGGCUCCAUUGGGAAGAAAAGGAGGUUGUGUCAGUCCUCCAUAAGGUCUUUGAGAAGCCAGGAAAGGUCAAGUUUGGCAAUAUCCACCUCCUUGCUAUCUUGUUGAGUGCCAUCAACAGGUAUCACCCCGCGUUUGUUAUUGGGGUGAUUGACUCGGUGAUUGAGUCCAUUGCGUUUGGGCUUGAACAGAAUGACUUCAAGUUUAAUCAACGCCGUAUUGCUGAGGUGAAGUAUUUGGGAGAGCUCUACAACUACCGGAUGCUAGAACAUCCCGUAAUCUUCGAUGUCAUGUACAAGAUCAUGACCUUUGGUCACGGUGGGCCGCCGAUGCCCGGCCGCAUCAACCCCUUCGAUCAGCCUGACGACUUCUUUCGCAUCCGCCUCAUUUCCACUAUCCUCGAGACCUGUGGGAUGUUCUUCAACAAAGGUGCUGCGGGCAAGAAGUUGGACUACUUCCUUUCUUUCUUCCAGUAUUACAUAUACACCAAGAACCCGUUGCCGAUGGAUAUUGAAUUCCUUGUACAAGACAUUUUUGCUUUGACAAGACCUCAAUGGAAAGUAGCAUCCAACAUCGAAGAGGCCACUAAGGUGUUCCAGUUGGCUAUGGUACAGGACCAGAAGACUUCUGGAAUGGACAAGGUCUUAGAGCAAGAUGAUGAAACGAGUGGGGCAUCUAGCGAUGACGAAGCUGCCGGCGACCAUGAUGAUGAUGAAGACUCAGCUUCAGAGGAUGGAGAUGCUGAGGUUGAUGACGCCGAACAGGACCCAUCCUACGACGCAAGCGAGUCUGAUGAAGAAGAAGCGAUUGUUGUCACCAGGGAGGAAGAGCGUAUUGAUCCCGAAGAUGAGGCCGACUUCGACCGUGAGUAUGCGAAGAUCAUGGCAGAGAGCUUUGAGACGCGCAAGUUUCAACCGAAGCAACAAUUUGACCUCCCGCUCCCUGUCCGGACCAAGGCACGCGAGGCUGCGGCCAGCGGUGAGACUGCGGAAACCGGGCAGGCCAUUCCGGCUGGGACAAUGGCCUUCUCGCUCUUGACAAAAAGGGGUAACCGUCAGCAGACUCGCACCGUUGAAUUGCCCUCGGACUCUAACUUCGCCGUGGCCAUGAUCAACCAGCGACAAGCGGCAAAGGAGGAACAACAGCGCAUCAAGAACUUAGUGCUGAACUAUGACCUCCGGGAGAAUGAUGAGAAUGAUGGCAAUGAAAAGGUGCCCACCCAUCACCAUCAUAAUCGGCUCGACCCUCGAUCUGGCAAGGACCGCGGACAACGGGUUCGCAAACUGCAACUCAGCGAUGUUGACUGGUAUGACACCCCUGAAAGACAGUGCCCUUAA